GUCUCAACGAUCGGAUUCGGAGGGUCAACGAGGGCAUGCGAGACAUCGUGCGAGCGGGCUAUCGGGUGGACGUGCGGCAGGGGCACGUAGAGGAGCUUCAUCCUUCCUACGCGAGCCUGAGGUGGACCCGAGGCUUCAGCGCCGGCGCUUUCGAUUUCGCCAACAAGGAACAAGGAGGGCAUCUGAUCAUGCAGGCGCUUUCUUCGCAAGGAAAGGCCUCAGGCUUAAGCCAGCGGCAAAGGAUUGCGCUAGCAGAUCUUGCCAAUUAACACUCUUGUAGUCAUGAAGUGAAGAAUUGUAGUUG